UCAUCAUGUUCGGAACUCGCCCUCUCAUCAGUGACCUUAUGAGCCAGGUCUACGAUUCGGUGGCUUUUUAACACUGGCUUCUCUUCUCUUACUCUAGGCUUUAACGGAAAAAGCCCUCUCUUGGAUAUACAGCAACUUAGCCAUCAUGGGCAGCACCCGUCAAUAUGUCUUGGAUUUCAUCCAGACUCUUCGACCAUCUUUGCUGUCUAAAAACCCACAUUUCAAUUUUAUCACGGCCCACUACCUUUGGAUUGUCGGAUGGACUAUUGUAGGAUCCGUCUUGCUCUUCGCUUCCGGAAGAGGCAACUUGGCUUACAUCGAUGCUCUCUUCUUUGCUAGCGGUGCCAACACACAGGCGGGACUUAAUACCGUUGACGUGAAUACCCUCAACACCUUCCAGCAGUUGGUGAUAUACUUCCUAGCCAUGAUAUCUAAUCCCAUCACCAUUCACUCCUCUGUGGUCUUCCUACGUCUAUACUGGUUCGAGAAACGAUUUCAGCACAUCGUGAGAGAAGCCAGAACAAGACGAGUUUCUAUUUCUAAGUCGCGCUCUAAGUCGAAACCAACUAUCGCAGACGCAGAAAAGGGCGUUAACGGGCGAAAUAUUACGGUGAUGCACAACACUGCUAAGUCAUCUCGUAUGACGAAUGAUGGCAUCUUGUUGAAUAAUUACACGAUUGAAGGAGCUACGAAGCAUGAACCGCCCUUGAACGGCUCUGCCCAUCACGACGAAUCGGACCAGGAAGAGGCAGAUCCGAAAGACGAAGAUCAUCCCAUUCAACGUCUUACUACGCCACAAAUAAAAUUCUCUGAUCAGGUUAGGAGGAGCGACACGCUUGAUUUUCAAGACGUCGGAACCUUGCUGCCCGCUAAACGCUCUGAUGCAGAGCAUAUUGCGAUUCUAGAGAGGCAGCGCAAGGCGGAUAAGGGCGUGCUUAGGAUUCCUGGACCUCGAGAAGCCGACGGGGGAGCGCUACCGGAAGAAGUGGACGAAGAAGGUGCCGAGGGACCCGACCCUGCGAAUCGCAAGCGAAGGGAGUCGAGUGUCGAGGGUCCCCGUCGACCAACUUCUCCUUUACGAUUUGCAACUCGUCCUGAUCGCCAACCGACUAUAACUAUUGAGGAACCUGUGAGGCCGCGUAGAGAUGAGCACGACUUACCAGAACGGGUGGUCGAGGAUGCCGAGGCGGCCGCUCACACGCUCGGUGCCUUAAAACCCCAUAAGCCUAGGAAGGAAGGGGAAAAGCUGCACCAUACCGACACAGCUACUUCGGCCUCUCGGAUCAACCCGCUCCAUCGAAUCAAGACUGCCUUGACACAGGGCAAAGAAGAGGACCCGCCAUAUUUGAGUUGGCAGCCGACUUUAGGCCGAAACUCCGAGUUCCUCGGGCUCUCUGAGGAGCAGAGAGAAGAGCUAGGUGGCAUAGAAUACCGAUCAUUGAAGACGCUGGCUCUCGUGCUUACGAUCUAUUUCUUUGGAUACACCAUAUUCGGGAUGAUCACUCUAGUGCCAUGGAUUGUCAACAACAACGAUUACUAUGGCCAUAUCCUCGACGAUGUUGGUCAGAGCAGGGUAUGGUGGGGUUUCUUCACGGCGAACUCCGCGUUCAUGGAUCUUGGCAUGACCCUUACCCCCGAUAGCAUGAACUCGUUCAAUACCGCCAUUUUCCCGCUUCUGGUCAUGUCGUUUCUCGUCAUACUGGGGAACACUGGCUUCCCUAUCAUGCUUCGUUUCAUGAUAUGGCUGUUUUCUCUAAUCGCACCUCGCGGAUCCGGUCUCUGGGAGGAACUAAAAUUCCUCCUCGACCACCCGCGGCGAUGUUUUACGCUUCUUUUCCCAGCUAAUGCUAACUGGUGGCUAUUCUUCAUCCUGGUCGUCCUUAACGGGGUGGACCUGAUACUGUUCAUUAUCCUUGACCUCCACGAUGGAGCGGUUGAUGGACUGCCGCUCAAUAUCCGUUUCCUCGACGGAUGGUUUCAAGCUGUGUCUACUCGAACGGCUGGUUUCUCUUGUAUUAAUCUAGCUCUGAUCCAUCCAGCUGUCCAAACGUCGUACCUGAUCAUGAUGUAUAUUUCCGUCUUUCCCGUCGCUAUCUCGAUUCGUAGAACGAACGUGUACGAGGAGAAAUCUCUCGGAGUGUACAGCUCGCAUUACGACGCCGACGACACUGAGCAGAGCAAUAUGUCGUACGUGGGAACCCAUUUACGCCGCCAGCUCUCUUUCGACUUGUGGUACAUAUUCGUCGGCUAUUUCAUCCUUUCUAUUUCCGAAGGUUCGCGUCUUAUGUCGGGCGACUUCUCCAUGUUCGCAGUCCUCUUCGAGGUUGUGAGCGCUUAUGGCACGGUUGGACUCAGCUUGGGAUACCCUAACGUCAACGCUUCGUUAUGUUCCCAAUUUAGUGUCGUUGGCAAACUUGUCAUCAUUGCAAUGCAGAUCCGUGGCCGCCACCGUGGCUUGCCGUACGGGCUUGACAGAGCCGUCCUCUUACCCAGCGAGCAUCUUAACCGUAAGGAGGCCGAAGAUGCUGAUUUGAGAUUACAACGUCGCCAUUCCGCCAUGUCCAUUGGACAUCAGUCUCAUAGACCUUCAAGCGCGGCUAGGGGCCGUAGUCGUAGCGUGGAUAGAAGGCAUGUUUUCUCAAGUCUCUUGCACCCUGGACCAGCAUAUCCGCCACAUCUGUCGAUAGCGAAGACAGAGAGCUCUAUAGGAUUAGCUAGGUUAGAGACCUUGAAGAAAUUUACGUCAGAUCCCGGCACGGAAGAAAACGGCGACCUGCCAGAACCGAUUGUCAGACAGAGGAAGAGAGCCGAUACGCAGCCGGUCGUGGACUAUUAGUGGAGGAAAAGCCCGACUGGAUGGGUGAAGUCGCCGGGACUGAAGGAACCCAUAAUUAACCAACCCGGACGAGCGGCAUCGCAGCCGACGCCGGAAAGCGCCCGCAACACCGAACAUAUUAGACGGGAGUCAGGAUCCAGCAAUCCUUGGAGGCCGCGACGUACAGGACCGAGAGUGCAGUGGUAUCUCGGGAGCACAGGAUGAGUAAUAUUUCCACGUUCCUUUCUCAUGAUGGGGCAAAUAGGGGGAUGAGGAGCGAAUUAGACUAGAAUUGCAUACAGAACACAGACAACAUUAGAGACGGCAGCUCGGGCUUGGGAUAGAGAGGGGAUAUGUAAUGCUUCACUUUUCUUUUAAGCGUCAUGUUUAGGUUAUACAGGCUCGGGAGGAUUCAUGGGAGCAGGAUAACCUAUGCAGGAGACAGUAUAUCCUGUCCCACGUUUUUUUAGCUUUGGCUAUCAUGAAAUAAGCAACGGGUUAUUUAUCGUAUAUAUAUUAUCUUAGCCUACCUAAUGUCGGCAGGUACUCAGCUAGUUAAACAAUCAAAACUUUGUUAAACUAGUAAA